CCACGCAUGCGCAGUCCUCCAAGUCACCUGCUGGAAAUAAGAAGCCAACAAGGAAGUCUGGCACUGGGGAUUUUAAUGCCAGGCUAACCUCAAACAAAACUACAUUCCCUUCCCGAUUUUUCCCGACAGCUUUUUGCUACGACGGCGGGACAAGAUGUUUAAAAAACUAAAGCAGAAGAUAAACGAAGAGCAGACUCCGCAGAGGAGUGCGCAGUCACCACAGCAGGCCCAGGGAACUCCUGGAGACCGCCGUGGUAGCUUAACCGGCUCUUUUCAUGAUGGUUCACCAACUCCAAGAGAUAGAGAGGUGCUGGCCGGGAUGAUAGCAGAGCCCGCUUUUCUCUCUGAGUAUACUAUCUUUGCUCUGGACCAUUCAAAACGACCCCAAACGGCCCAGGUAGCCAGUGUGACUGCCACUAAAGAACCAAGCCGAUCACCCAGAGGGAGCAUCAACGGAGAUGGAAGUGCCUCUCCUCAAAAAGAGGAGCCCCAGUCCUUUGCACAGAAACUCCAGCUCAAAGUCCCCUCAAUGGAGUCUCUGAUUCGUAGCGGUGCAAGUCGAGCAGAAAACCUUUUCCGAUCCCCAUCCAAAGACAGUCUGGUGCGGACUUCCUCUCGUGAAUCACUGACACCUCUAGGAGAAAACGAGCCCUCGGGUGCCCCCUCCUACGACCCUCCAUCAGAUAUUGAGAGUGAAGCAGAGGAGACUUCAGGAAGUGCAGAGUCUCUGUCCAAAGAUCAGCUGCUGCACCGACUCCUGCAGGUGGAGACAAGCCUAGGGAAGUACAGGGGCAAGUACUCUGAGCUUGUGACUGCAUACAGAACAGUUCAACGAGACAAAGAAAAAACACAGGCUAUCCUCAGUCAGAGUCAAGAUAAGGCCCUCCGCAGAAUUGGAGAGCUGCGGGAGGAGCUACAAAUGGACCAACAAGCCAAGAAGCACCUACAAGACGAGUUUGACGCUGCUUUGGAAGAGAAAGACCAAAUGAUCUCUGUUCUUCAGACACAGGUUGCUUUGUUGAAGAAGCGUGUCAAAGGUGUAUCAGAUGGUGCUUUGCUGCCUGAGGGCCAAGUCUCUCAGUCGGAAGAUUCAAACUCUGCCCCAAAGAGUCCACCUAAUGAGCAGGAAGCAGAGUCAGGUGUCACUGAGGAAGGGGGCAACAGUGAUCCAUCCAAACUGAUGGAGGCUUUACAGAAGAGGGUGAAGCGUCAGGAAAACCUGCUGCAGAAGUGUAAAGAAGUGAUGAGGACUCAUAAAGAGAGGAGUGCCCAACUGAGCAGUGAGAAUGAAACUCUGCAGGAACAGCUCCAGGAGAGGCUGCAAGAGCUGGAGAAAAUGAAGGAACUGCACACAACAGAAAAGACCAAGCUCAUUAACCAGCUGCGCGACGCUAAGAACCACAUUGAACAGCUGGAACAAGACAAGGGAAUGGUGAUAGCUGAAACAAAACGUCAGAUGCACGAGACUCUAGAAAUGAAGGAGGAGGAGAUCGCACAGCUCCGGUCCAGACUUCAACAGGCCACAGCUCAAAGAGAGGAGCUGCAGGAGCAAAAGGAGAGGGCGGAGAAAUCGGCUUUUGAGGAACUUGAGCGGGCCCUGAGUGUGGCACAGAAGGCGGAGGAGGCUCGCAAGCAGCUGCAGGUUCAGCUGGAGGAGCAGGUGAGAGAGGUGGAGCGAGCUGGAGAGGAGGAGCGCAGAAGUCUGCAGCAAGAGCUAACCAGGGUCAAACAGGAGGUUGUCAACAUCAUGAAGAAAUCAUCUGAAGAGGUAGUAGCCAAACUGGAGAAAGAUCAUAGUGAAGCUCUUGCUGCUAAAGAAGAGGAGAUGCAUUCUCGUGUCAACGCAGCUGUGGAGAAAUGUAAAGAGGAAUUUGCCCAGUUAUCAAAGGAGCGUGAGCAGCAGGGCACUCUGGCUCUGGAGGACGUAGAGCUGCAGAAGACUGCUUUAAGGAACGAAUGUGAAAACAAGGUUAAAGAAAUACAGCUUGAACUGGAAGCUACAAGAACUAGAGUGUUGGAGUUGGAGAGCUCCAUGGCGAAGGGGUCUGAGAAGGAGUCCAAUUUGUCCGAUGAACCUUCUGCUCAGCUCAAUGAAUUAAAAAAUAAACAUCAAGAGCAAAUAUCUGCAUUAGAGCGGCAGCACCAGGAACAGCUAGAAAAGCACAAGGGCACCCUAACCCAGGAGCACAGCGCCGCCCUGGAGGAGCUCAGACAGAAACACAGUGCAGAGAUAGAGGCAAUUCUCAAAGAUAAAGAGCAACAGUUCCAAGCACAUGUCGAAGAUAUGAACCAGAAAACCUUUGAGAAACUGGAGACAAAGCAGACAGAGCUGGAGACCGUUUCCUCUGAACUAUCGGAGGUUUUGAAAAGUAAACAGUUGUUGGAGGAAAAACUAACUGCUGCUGAAGAUGAGCAACGUGUAAUGAAGCAAAAGCAUGACAAGAAGUAUGAGGAUCAGGUGAACAAGCACAAAGCAGAGAUAAAAGAUAUUAAAGCUCAGUAUGAGCAGUCACUGGGCGGUAUGGAGAAAAUGCUAAAGGAGGAACUUAAUGCCCUGAAAAUUGUUUUGAGGGAGAGGGAGAAGGAAAACAAAGAGUUAAGCCUCAAUGUAAAAACACUAAAAGACGAAUCAGUGUCAACACUACAGGAAUUAAACGCUAAAGUGAAAGAAGUGGAAGAGCUGCAGCAGCGGUUAACACAAAUCCAAACUGAAAGUGCAAACUUUAAAGAGUCAAAGGUACAGUUCAGUAAGAUUUCAGAGGAGCUUGAUCAGUGCAAGAAAGAUUUUAAUAAUGUGCUGCAACAGUUGGAAACAGCCAAAAGUGAAUGUGAGCAAAAAGACAAGAUUUUGCAACAGCAUGAAAAUGAGCUGCAACAGUCUAAGAAUGAACUCUCUGACAAAGAGAAGUCAUUAAUGGCCGACCUCCAUGGAAAACAAGAAGAACUCACGCGCCUCCAGACACAGUUCGAUAAGGAAAAAGCUGCUCUCGAAAAGAAACUGAAUAAUGUUAGAACUGAUUUGGAAAACAAGUUGAAGUCUCAAGAAACAAAGAUGGAAAAAUUCAAACAAAAAGCCAAAGAAAUGCAGGAGAGUUUUAAGAAAAAGCUUCAGCAAAAAGAUGAAAAUCUGAAGGCAGAAUUGGAAAAGAAAGAUGUUGAAAUUCAACACAAGGAAAAGCAAGUUCAGGAAAAAAUAUUAGAAAUGGCACAAAAAAGCUCUCAAGGUCUCAGUGAUACAGUGUCUGAUCUACAGGCGAAUCACAAGGAGGAAGUAGAAAAAAUACAUACUGUACAUAAGAAAGAGAUUGAGGAGUUGAAGUGUCAUUGGCAGGAGAAGAUAAAACAACAAGAGGAGGACAUUGCUGAGAAAAAUGUACAAGUUUUACAAGAAAAACUACAAGAGCUUGAGGAUUUGAACGAGAAUCUUAAAAAUGUCAAAGAGGAAAAUGAGCAAGUACUUCAUGAGAUUACAAAUUUGAAAGAAGAGCUGGCGAUUCGGGAAACUACUGUGCAAAAGCUACAGGCUGAGCUCAACGAAGCGGCGGUCAAAGUGGAGGGAUUAUCUCAGGGCGAGGUUUUGCUAAAAGAGCAAAUGGAGUCAGCAGAGAGGAACCUAAACCAGGCCCUAAACGAGAGAAAUGGCCUACAGGACAAGCUCAGCAAGGCUGAAGAGGAGCACAGAGAGGCAUUAAAAAUCCUUUCAGAACAAGUGGAGCAGAGGGAGUCGCAGUUAAGGGCACUGGAAGGGUCCAAAAGUAAAGAAAGUGAGGACUUGCAGCUCAAAUUGGAGGAGACCGCCGCACUGUUACAAGCCAAGGAGGCCGAGUUCCAGCAGCACUUAAUAACCAUCGCCAACCAAAUGGAGCGUUACUGUCAAGAGGUACAGGGGAAACUGCAGUGUGCUUCUAAUGAGCUCUGUCAGAGAGUGGAGGGCAAGACGAAGGAGCUGAGCAACAAGUUAGGGUGUAGUCAUAAAAAGGUAGCACACCUUCGCAACACUAUACUUACGAAAAUAGACAACAUUUGCACUUUAGAGGAGAGUUUGCGACAGAAGACGGAGGAGAACAAGAAUCUAUGCAUUACUUUAGACCAGAUGAACGCUCAGGUAAAAGCGCAAGCCGACCAAAUCUUAGCCUUAACGAAUGAUUCAGAAGCUGUCAAUAAUGAGAAUUUCCAGAGAGUGGAGAAGUUGACUGAGGAGAACAGAGUGCUAUCAGAAAAUAUCAAAGCCAAUGAAGUUCAUAUCAGUAACUUGGAAGGCAUAAUUGGCGACUUGAAAAAUCAGUUGGCGAGUAGCAUUCAAGAUAAGGAGGAAGCCAUAAAUCAAAUAAACCAGCAGUACAAAGAGGAAAGGCAACAAGCCACAGUUCAGAUGGAGGAGGUUAUUAAAAGACUAGAGCAAGAGAAAACAUCUGCUCUGGAUGAGGCCAGCACACUCAGGAAAAGCCUGUCUGAACUAGAAAACAACACAGCGUCCAAGUUUGCUCAAAGUAAUAACACUAUCACAACAUUACAGAAUCGCCUUGAAGAGCUUGAACAGGAAAUCGGUGUGAAAAAUGAUGCCUUGCAAAGAUUAACCGUGAGUAUCGACAAUCAGUCCAUCAGCAAGUCUGAAAUGGACCAGAUCUUGAGUGAGAAAGAGCAGAAGGUGAGCGGGCUUACCUCUGAGCUGGAGAAUUGUAACAAAAAAUUGGGAGAGAUACAGGAGCAGCUAGCCUUAAAGAUUCAAGAGUGUGAGCAGCUAACAGCGGAGCUAAAGCAGCAACAUAGCAUCACAGAGAAUGAGAAGAAAGUACUGGUCGAACAAUUGCACCAAACACAAAUGCAGUGCACACAGAAUGGAAACUUGGAGCAGGAGAUGAUGGAGAAGUUGCAUUCGCUCAAGGAGGAUAACCAAAAGUGUCAAUUAGAGAUUCAGCAUCAAAAGGAUGAAUUUGAAAGAGUUAAAAGUGAGAUUAUGAAAAACAAUGAAGAAACUUUAAAGGCAACGGAGGAGAGACUGACGGCAGAAAGCUCCAAGAAAGUAUCAGAUUUAAAGAAAAAAGCAGAACAGAAAAUUGGCCAGAUUAGAAAGCAGCUAACGUCUCAGCUGGAGGAGAAGGAGCAGACCAUCAAGUCAUUACAGACGAGUUUAGAGGAAGCAACCAAGACUGAGACAUCUGGGAGAGAGCAGGUUCAGAUGCUGGCAGCGAAGACAAAAUCACUCGAAGAUGCAAUUGAAAAGCUAAAAGAGGAAAAUGAGAAACUGCUUGAAGAAUUUCAGAGUCAAGGAAAGGCUGAUAAAGAAAAGGCAUUAGAUGAAUUGAAAAAUGUUUAUGAAGAGAAGAUGGCAUCGCUUCAAAAUGAUACAGUGAAUAAACAAGAUCAUCAACAAACUGAAUCAAUGCUACAAGAGACUCAAAUGAAACUAAAAGAUCUGGAAACUCAAAAUGAAACAUUACUUGUAGAAAUUAAUCGAUUAAAAGAAGAUAUUUCUCAAAAGGAAGCACAGAUAAAUCAACAGCAAUUGGCUAUUAAUCAAAAUGUAUUAUCUGACGUAAUGAUUGAAAAGGAAAUUGUAUGCACUAGUGUGGAGCAAACCAAAAGUAUAGUUAAAAACGAUAUGGAAAACCACUCUGAGGUGGAAGAUGCCAAUUCUCAGGAAAGCUUGAAGAAUCAUUUUAGCCAGAUCAAAAAUGAAAAGGACAAAAUCCAUAAAGACUUUGUGAGGUUACAGAAAGAGAUGCGGACAAUGAGAAAAGAGCAUGAGCAAGACCUGGAGUACAUGAAGAAGGAGAUAAUGGAGGAGGCGCAGAAAAAUUCAAAAUCAGAGUUGGAGGAUUUGGAACUGAAGCACAACUCGACAGUGAAGCAGUUAAUGAGGGAGUUCAACUCACAAAUGGCCUUGAAAGAGCAGGAGCUCGAGACAGCUGUGAAAGAAGCCAUUGAAAAGGCCCAAGCCGUGGAGACUGAACUCAUCUACAGCCAUCAGGAGGAGGCCUGUCAGCUGCGCAAGGUGAUUUCCCAAAAGGAGGACGAUUUGCAACGAACUGUGAAGAAAUAUGAAGAGGUUAUUCAGAAUCGAGAAGAGGAGAUGGGCGACCGAGUGUGGCAGGUCCAGAAAGAGCUGGAGGAGCUACAAGCGAAAACCCGCUGCACUGACGAGGGAGAAAUGAGCAAUGACGAGCUACAGGCGCAGCUCGCGGAGAAGACAUCUUUGCUGAGUGAGGCUCGUCUGAAGGAGCAGGAGUUUGUGGAGAAAAUUCACUCACUUGAAGACAAAAUCAAGUGUUUCCACAGAAAUGCAGUUGUAACUCAUCUUGGGAGCACACAGAAAGAGGCGAGUUACAACAGCAGUGAGCCAUUGUCAGAAGCCACAGAGAUGGAGUAUCUACGGAAAGUGUUAUUUGAGUACAUGAUGGGACGAGAAACUAGAACGAUGGCCAAAGUUAUAACUUCCAUGCUGAAGUUUUCUCCAGAUCAAGCUCAAAAGGUUUUGGAGAAAGAAGAUGGUAAAAUGAUGCCCUGGUUACGGUGAUCCUCUGGAUGGUAUUUUUUUUCAUGAACUUUGCUGCUGCUGCUUUUCGUGCUGCUGAAGGGGAUGACUGCCAAGGAUUUGAUCAAGCCCUUCUCUGCAUUAUAUUUGUGAUAAUGUGUGUGUUUGUGUGACUGUGUGCGGUUAGUGUCAGUCUGUUUGAAUGAAGGUUUGAGAGAUUAUGCUUCUGGGGCAAAUAAGCUAAACACUGUAACGAGGGAAUUUGAAAACAUGCCAGAAAUAUAAAUCUUCCAUAAAUCCAGUUUUACAUUGAAAUUGAGUUUGUUAAUUUAUAUAUUUUAGAUGAAGUUGAAUGGUUCUUGUUUUAUUUAGUUAUCUGUAUAGCGAUUGAUCUGUGCAAUAAAUCACAUUAUUAUUCAUGUAGGAGGUGAGGGUUGGUUUGUUUUUCAGUUUUGGCUUUGUCUAAAAUUACUUCCUGUAUAAAUUUGUAAUGACCCAUUAACUGUGUAUUUACAACACAUUUUAUCUUUGGCCUCUGGACCUUGUUUGACUGCUUUUCUAUGCUUUAUAUUUUAUAGACACUGACAGAAAAUCCCAAACGCAAGAUUUGUAAAUUGUAUUGACUAACUGUACCAUAAGGGAUCUAAACAAAUUGCCGUUUUCAAAUUAAUUAAAUAACAAGAUUAAAUAUUUACAGAAGUGCA